AGUCAGUCACAGUCAGUCCGCCGCGCUCCGUCGCGCAUUUAAUACGUUAGGGGAGUAAUUUUAUGCCGUACCCGUUUUACACCGCUUCACAAUUGUACUUAGAACUUGUGCAAAACAAAUACCCCACCCGUGAUUUAAAACAUUUUGUGCUAAACAAAAGUGAACUCAGAACUGUGUGAUACAUAGAAACAGUGUUAGAAAUAAGAAUAAUCAGUCACAUAAUCUCUUCUAAGCAUCUCCGUCGUACGACCAACGUCGCGUACGCCGAUACGGAGAUUAUAUUAAAUGGUACGCGUAAAAUGGACCGCGAGGAAGGAGGUAAUCAGUGAAGUGCUAUAGUGUUGUGUGCGACCGUAAAUAAUAACGUUGGAAAACCAGUGGUGAUGAUGAUGUGAGAGACUGGUGACAAUGCCGUCGGAUUGUGGUUCAUCGUGGUCGCCGCCCGCCUCCAAUAGCGAGCGGCGGCUCAGCAACUCCUCAGAUGGAAGCGCUUGCAGUAGUUACUCAAAAACUACGACCGACAGCGCUGACUUUCUCGCGACACGACCACACACCGCAUCAGUGAUACCCGGCAAGCCGGCCGCGAACCCACUGCAGUUCGUUAAAGUGGGCCCAGCGGACUUGGGCAGCAAGGCCCGGGAACAGCUGCGACGCGCUGAACUCGCCAAGCGAACAGAGCCGGCGAGGAUAGAAAGACAGGAGGACUGGCAAUCGAACCUGGACAACUGGAAGUCGUCCCGGCGGAAGCGAGUGGAACACAUCAUCGAGCGUUGCGUGGAGGUGCGCCGUCUGGAGUGUGAGCCCAGUCAGCCACGCGCCAAGUCUAAGACCUUCAACGAGAUGCUCGAAGAGAGAGCCGGUCGCAGAAGGCGGAACCCGUUAGCCCUAUACACAGAUGACGACGGACACGACCUGAGUGACUUAGGCAUCGGCACCUCCAGCACGAAGAGCAGCCUCAGCGAGGACUGCGACACACACAGUCUCGCCAGUGAUGGAAUGGACCUCGACAAAAAUCACUCAGAUGUCGAUAAUAUGUCUAAUUGCGGUAACAAUCGCAAGUUAGGCUCAAGUGCCAACGAAUACGACACCUGCACGACCACAACAAUCAGCUCGCCUGAGCCAGAAGAAUACACAUACGAAGGUGCAAUAGAGGGUUAUAAAUCCAGGAUAAUUUCACAAACCAACAGUAACAUUGUUAAGACAGUAGUCAACAAUAAUUUUAAAGACAAAUCUCCAGAGAAAUCCAAUGGUGACAUUAACAGAAUUAGAACGUCUGUCAGCAACAAAAUCGACGAAAAAGUUGCUUCCUUACAGCAGGAACGUACUAUCGACAUAAAAAAUAAUAACCAAAAGAAAGAUUUGCCAAAAGUUGAUAUACACAAACGAAGGGAGCAAUUUGAAAGAGAAAAUUCACAAGAGUUGCAAUUAACUAAACCAAAAUUACCUGAUAUUGCUAGCAAAAAAUCUAUUAAGGAUAGGUUGACAAGCUUAGAGAAGUUUACAGAAGAAAUGCAUGUACAAAAAUCGACAAGUGACCAAACAAAAUUUCCUACUGAAGUCAAGCCUUUGAAAGAACGAUUAUCGUCUUUAGAGAAGAUAAAGUCUACUGAACCAGAAAAGUUUAAAAGGCUGUCUAAUGGAGACCUUAGCAAAACAAAAUCUCUAAAAGAUCGAUUAUCUAGCCUUAAAUCACAAACUUCAGAAGAAGAAGCAAAAGUAACAAAUACAGAAGUCAAAGAAGUUUCUAUGAGUCUUAAAGAACGACUUUCCUGCUUAGACGCUGCAAAGAAUAGAGAAAUUCCUAAAAUAUCAGUCGAAAAAGAAAUUGUCAGUACUGAAAAAUGUGAAAGUAAAGUUUGUGAUAAUACACAAGAUAAAGAGUUAGAUUGUUCCUUAAAAUCAAGCUUGUCUGGUAUAGAGAAUCAAAUGCAAAGCUUCUGUCGAUCGCUUGAUAGCUUGGAUAUUAAUGGUCAGUCCUCACCGAAUUCUUUUGAAAGGGUUCAAAGUUUGGAAGACUUUGAUUGUGCUGAAAUGCAAAACAAUACGAUUCCAAGUGACAUUGAAACAGAGGACAGUGGUAUACACACUGCUAGAGACUCUUGUGCACCACCGGAUGAUAUUGCGGAUUUGACUCAAGUAGCUUCUCCCAUUGGAGAACCUAUGGCUGAAGUUUCCGAAUAUGAGUCGUCGAACGAAGAUAAUAUGAUUGUUACAGAACCAGUCAAAAUUGAAGAAGUAUUUGAUAGUAAAAUACAGCCUGAUCAAAAUACUAUCAGUGGCAUAAUAGUGGAAGAAGUAGAAGAACAAGAUAGCAAAGCUGAGGAUACAGACAGCGGAAGUAAUUACGUUCAAGCAGUAUCACAACAAGAAGAAUUAAGUGUCACUGAAGACAUAACAGAAAUUCAAAUAGACAAAGAAGAUGAAGACACUCUUAAAAGUAUGGACAAUCAGGACUCCAGUGUUAUCGAUGCUCUUGAGCUAGCAUUUAAAGAACUGGAUUCCGAGGAUAGCACAGCAGAUAGCAGUAAAAUGGAAGAAGAAUUAAAGUUAGAUGUUAAUAAAAAUGAUCCGAAGGCUGCAGAUAAAGCUUCCGCUUUACUGAACUUCGACAUGGAUAAUAAAGUGUCAGUGACGCCACUGUAUGAGAACAUUGAUAUAUUCUAUCAAAAUACGGUGGACGAUGCCGGAGCUUUUCCACUUGAUCUACCAACCAAUGUUUUAGAGCCUCCUAAAGAGAAACCCCCUCCUCCGCCUACUGAAGAACCACCGGAAGAUGAACUUCUUGGAAAUGGUAAUUUUAAACAUACAAGCUCGGCCCGUCGGAUCAAGAAGGAAAUACGUAACAAACGCACUUCUUUCCUCGGUAUCGAAGGACAAGUUGAUGACAGCUAUUUAGAUGUAGAUCUAAAUUUAGCACCGCGUCCUGAUAUUACCUCCUUUCUUCAAGAAGAAACAAAAAUCGAAAAAUUACUGUAUAAAAAGACUUUGUCUCAUGAUAUGGAUGCAAAGUUACGAGACAGUAGGGAUUCUGGCGUUGAUAUUGAUAGAGGACCGUCGGCAGAAGCUUGGUACAAAGGGCAAUCCUCACCCGAAACAUCUAAUCCACACAGCAGACAAAAUAGUGAGCCUUAUACUCAAGUAACGGUAACCUCUGAUGAGGAAGAAUCUACUAAGAAGAAAAACGAACAGCAGUUCACAGAGGAUUUAACUUCGAAACUCACUACCUUGUCAAAUUCACCCGAAAACGAUCAAACCAAAAUUGAUAGUUUGGAUAAAAAAAUACAACAGCAGCAGGAAGUACUGCGAUUCGAAAGAGAGCUCCUACAGCUUGAACAAGAAGAGUUGAGGAGACAGAGAGAGAAUCUGCUACGAGACCAGAAUAGAAUAAUACAAAAGUCUGUACAAGACGUUUCGAUUGUGACUCACACUGCGGAGAAGACUCCAACGAAUAGGGUUAAAAAGACUAACCAAAAUUACAGACAUUCUAUGCCAAAUUUAUUGAUUAGUGAAAAUCACACACCUAUGCCGCCGAAAGUACCAGAACGGCCAGUUUUUGAUGAGAAUAUGAAAAGGAAACCUUUCGUAUCAGAAGAGCACAUCCAAAGUCACUUUGGAGUUGAAGAGAGUAGAAAAGUCUUGUAUGAAGAUAAAGCCAAAUUUCCCGAAAGAAGAGUCGUGCCAAAUGUAAUGAGGACUCCACAGCCAAUCUUGCCACCGAAACCUAGGAGCAGAGAGUCCAUAGAAAGGGAAAUCACAAUGAGAAGCAGCCGAGUGCCAUCCGCAGUCGAGUAUGUGAACGUAGAUCGAACGCCGCUACAGUUGCGACAGAAGCACGUGGCCAACGGCAACGGACAGUACCACCCUAUGACGCGUCAUACGCUGCAGGCACUGAGCGCAGCCCCAACGCCAAAACUUAUCUCCAAUACGGACUGGAUGCAGGCCCGUAGCAGGAAACCUGCCAACUACAACUAUCACCAACACUGGCUUGUACAGGAAGCAGAACACCGUCGGAUAGAGGAGCAGAGGAACAAAAUGUGCGUCAACCAAAGGCAUUCAUACCACGACGCACCCCCAAACCUACAUCAGAUGCAUCAAAUUAGUGCCAGCCAACAACAGUUGCCGCAAGACUACAAGCGUCCCGUGCGAGAUGCGACACGGACAGACGGGCGAGAAGACAAGCAAGUGCUGAGUGUCAGUGGCAAGAGAAAGUGCUCGCAUUGUGGCGAGGAAUUAGGUCGCGGCGCCGCGAUGAUCAUCGAGUCGCUGGCGCUGUGCUACCACGUGUGGUGCUUCUGCUGCGCGGUGUGCGGCGCGCGCCUGGGCGACGGCCGCGCCGGCGCCGACGUGCGCGUGCGCGCCGCCCGCCUGCACUGCCACCACUGCUACUCCGCGGACGACGGCUCUAAGUACUCCUGCGUCUAGCUGUAACGAAUAAUCACCGGCUGUAAGGCGUUCCAUUGUCAUGAUCAAGAGUAACAAUGGCAACUCAUAAGUGACUUUCUUCGUUCGAAAUCGGUAGAUUUCUGUGGACUGCGGUAGUCACUUACCAUCAGGUAUAUUGUUAGCCCGUUUGUCAAUUGAUAUCUCAUAAAAAAAUAAGAACACUACCAAUGUGAAUCCGCAGACGAUAGUACUCCUGCGUAGAGACUAUUGUCACCUCUAGAAAAUAUAACUACCCCACAAGCAAUUAUUCCCACGUAAAGCAAACUACCACAACUGUUACUCGUUUUUUUUAAUUAACAUAAACAAUAAAACCAAUAUGUUAUCGUAAUGGCAUAAUAGUUUAUAAUUACAUUUAUCAAGACUUAUUAAAAAAUAAAUAAUCAUUAAUACAUAUGAUUUGUUUGUAUAAUGACUUAAAACUUCUUCAAACUUACAAUUGUUUAUGUUCAUUGUGUUAAAAAUCACUUAUAAUUUUGUAUAGUUUUAUUAUUUUUGAGUUAUAGAAGUAUAACAAUAUUAUUUAUAAUUUAGUCUUACACUGACAAAUAAUUUCUUAUAUUGAUUUUGGAAGCUUUUCUAGUGAAAUUUAUUAUGAAUUGCUUCGUAUUGUAUAUAAAUAAAUAAAUAAAGCUUGUUUUUAUAACAUUCUGUAUAUGUAACAUUUUAUAAAAGUAACCAAAGUAUGUACCGGAGACGUUUAAAAGUUACGAUAGUGAAAUGGAUUUGUGAUCUUGGUCCACUGACGUAGCGCGAUAGUUCUCUACCGCUCUGUCUGUCAGUUUGUAUGUCACCAAAACGUCUGUGCGACUCAGCGAGUCUGAGUCCAUUAAUGCACGCUUUUGUUUCUGAAAUACGAUCGCAAAUUCUCCUCCGUCAAACAUUGAAUUAAUAUGUACUAUAUACUAGAAAAGACGCCGAGACUAGGAAUUUUGCAACACGCAGUAAAGCCCAUAGACUCUAACUUAGUCAAUGCUAUAAAUUGGUACUCUUCGCCUUCUUCCACGCGCCCCGCACUGCCGCACAGAUUUUGUUCGCGGUUUCGCUUCUAGUACGUAGUACGUAUUAGUUCAAUGUUGUCAAAUAUAUUUAUACUAAGUUUUUAUUCUUCUGUAAUAUUUUCACUAAUUUUUCGUAUAUCGUGCCAUGCCGUAGUUCCCUUGUUAAUGCAAUAAACUUUACGGAUUCUACAGUAAUUUAAUGAUUAACAAUUUCAUUAUUAUUUUGGAAUUUAACAAUGUAAUUUUCCGUCGCGUUAUUCGAUAAUUUAGUGCGACUUGGAUUUUUGUAUAAUUUUGUAAAUAAUUUCUAAUUUAUGCUGUAGCGUGUGUUAUUUUAGCUUUAAUAGUUAGUACAUUAGGUUAAUUGGUGGAAAAUUUAUCCAAAUAUUUUAUGUUGGUUAUUAUUGUAUAGAUAUUUUGUAUAACAUCGUUCUAACAUGGUAUUUUUGUACUGGUGUUCUCAAAUAAUAAUAUUGUAACGUUAACGAUCUUAUUGUUUGAUGCACAUUAUAUCGACUUUGUAAUUAUGUUAAUUUUGAACAACUUGUACAUUGUUUAUGGUAUCAAAUAAAUAAAUAUUACAAAUG